AUGUCUGAACAGGCUGGUUACUCUCCCAGCUUCAAACACCCGACGGAGAUCAUGCGAAUGCGGAGGAAACGAGCCCGAAGCGAGGCUGGCUCUUUCCGCGGGAGUCCUGGAGCUGCGAACCCGGGCCAAGGCGCCUCUUCCCCGGCGUGCCUUCGACCCUUCUCCCCUGGACCUCUUUUUAACUCCCAGAGCCGCUCGGGAGGUGUGAAACGCAGGAAUCCCUUUGCGAAUAUAGAAAACACAUUCAGUCCGAGUAAGAAGUUAAUAAUUUAUAACGAUGAAGAGGCAGAGAAGAGAGAAGCAGAGAUGUCAACAAAGGGGUUUUCUGCAAGGCUGCAAGAGGCCGAAAGUAGCGAGAGAAACCCGGUCCCCAGCAGGAAAUCCCUGGACUUUUCAGAGGAAGACUCCCUGUUUGAAGAAAAAGAGGAAGAUCUUAAAAGCCCACUCCUGAAGAGUCCCCCUGCCAUCGCCCCGGGCUCCAUUGCGCCCCCUGUGUGCAGAGCGUACCCUACAGACUGGAGCCUCAAGACAAGGAUGCUCAUCACGUCUCCCCUGAGUCUGAACUGGGCCGACAAACCCAGAGCUCUGGAGGAGUCCCAGGGCAUAAGCCAACACUGCAGAGCGACGUUCAGCACCCUGCCACAGAGUAUACCAGACCCGAAGUCGUGCUUUGACCUGCGCUCGUCCUUCCAGCAGAGCCUGGUCUACUGGCAGCACCCAAGUCUCCCCUGGGUCUCGCUCUUUCCUCGAAUCAAUGCAGAGAGGAGCUUCAGCGGCAAGAGUGCCCCCUGGUCUGACGACAGCACAGUGCAGCAGGGCCUCAUGAAUGAGUGGUCCGUGAGCCUGUCAUCCCUGUACAGUUUACUCAAGUCCAAACUCUGUCCAUAUUUCUACAUCUGCUCUUACCAGUUCACUGUGUUGUUCAAAGCGGCAGGACUCUGCGAAUCCAAAAGCAUCACAGCUCAAAUCUCUCCCACAACCAGAGGACUGCGAGAGGCCUUGAAGGCAGAGGGCAUAGAGAUCAGUCUCCCCCUGGUGGAGGAGCUGAGGCGGAGCAGGGACCAGGACAUUGACAAGGAACUGGACAGUGGCAAAGAGAAAAGUGAUGACUGUUGUGAAGGUAAAGAGGAGGACUGUGCUGACGAUGAAGAUGGGACCAAUGCUGAUAAUGACGAUGAUGAUGAAGACAUGUCGUGGCUGAAGGAGAUGGGAGUCCAGGACAAGAUCAGGAAACCAGACUCUAUCUCCAUCCAGCUGCGUAAGGAGGGCCAGACCGUGUCCCUGGACCACAAGCCUGAGUCCGUGGUCCUGGUGCGAGGAGCGGACACCUUCACGCUCGUAAACUUCCUCAUCAACUACAAAGCUCUUGUGGCUUCAGCCGGAUCUCAGGCUGGACUGCCCCCAACCUUGCUUGCCCCUGUGGCCUUCAGAGGAGCCACAAUGCAGACACUCAAGGCCAGAAGUGUGAACGUGAAAAGCCAAGUGGGAGCUGGCUUCCAGAACAUCAGCAGUUUGGAGGUCAAGGGUCCGGUGAUGCCGUCGUCGCUCCACUUCAUGACCGCUCUGUUGCGCUUGUCUCAGAAGGGAAACUUCUCUGCGUCUCUGUUCACACACGCUCCUACUGCGGUCAUGAACGUGCACAAGAACGAGGAACAGAUCGCAGACUCAGAAGACUUGUCCUCGUGUGGAAUCUCGCCUUCAUCAGUGAAACAGCUGCAAACUCCGUCGACCCUGGGGAAGACCGCUCUGAACCACCUGCACAUGAGCAACUACAGCUACGCCUGGAAAAACUGA